AUGUCUCUUCCCAUCUCCGAUUCCGAGGAAGAGUUUCAGUCCUCAGAGGGAGACGUCGGAUGCAUCCCCGACACCCAGGCUCACUCUGCCGAGGUCCAAUCCGACAUCGAUUCGGAUACCCAACAUCAGCACCGAAGCACCCGCGUCACCCACAAACGUCUCGCCGGGUGGCCCAUUCACCGUAUCCUGGAAGCGCUGUAUGCUAAAAAAAUCUCAGCCCCAGCUGGCCUCAACCAUGAGGAGCUCUUCGAGUUUCUCUCGAGUCACGAUAACCCAGAUGAUGAGGCACACCGCAGCUCACGCGCCGCCAAUCCAGCCAGCGCUCCUCCAAAAAGCAAAGGCAAAGCUCCGGCAAAGAAGCGCAGUGCUCCACCAGACGCUCUGAGACCCGCGGACAAUUAUACACCAUCAAAAAAGCAGAAGCGACCAGGACAAGGACCAUCCAUCGAAGCAACCAUCCUUUCCACGCUACAAGAUAUGAAAUCGUCUUUAAACGUCAUGAAUACAAGAAUUCAAACUUUGGAAUCAAACGCCACCUUCCCCAUGGCCAAUGAGGCUCCGGCCCGCAAAAGAGGGGAAAUAAACAUGAAGCAUCCAUCGACUCCUGUGAAUGUCCCUGCUCUCUCUUUGGCUCUGUCAAAACACCCGUGUGGAAGUUUUGUUAAUUACCUCAUCACCGGCUUGGUCCAAGGUUUUUUAGCAGGUUUAUGCUGGCUCCCAAAAGUGACCCAUGUAUGUAAAAACUUGCAGUCUGCAUGUAAAGAGCCAGAAGUGGUCGAUGAACUCCUAUCAAAAGAAGUAAAAAAAGGAUACAUGAUAGGUCCACUGUCAAAACUCCACUUUCCCAUCUUCAGAGUAAGCCCCAUAGGAAUCGCUACCAGGAAAUAUUCAAAUAAAAAACGUCUCAUCAUCGACCUCUCAGCUCCUCACAACUGUACAAUUCCUAGCAUUAACAGCCUAAUUCCUAAGGAACCGUUUUCUUUAUUCUACGCUUCUGUCGACAAUGCAGCACAGAUGAUUAAAUUAGCAGGUGUCGGUGCAUGGCUAGGAAAGGCCGACAUUACCGAUGCUUUCAAAGUCCUUCCACUUCACCCCUCUCAAUGGCACCUUUUUUGUAUUAAAUGGAAGUCAAAGUUUUAUUAUUCCGUAAAAUUGACAUUCGGUUGCCGCAGUAGCCCCUCCAUUUUUAACACUCUCUCAGAAGCGCUAUGCUGGAUUCUUUACAACUCGUACAAACUCCCAUUUGUCCUCCAUCUGUUGGACGAUUUCCUGGUCAUAGACUUUCCCUCAUCACCACCAGCUCGCAACAUCACGGCACUUAGGAACCUCUUCAGCGAGUUAGGCGUUCCUCUCUCAGAGGAGAAAACAAUAGGCCCGUCCACCCGCCUGGAAUUUCUCGGCAUAACCCUCGACAGCUUACUCAUGCAAGCAUCUCUGCCACAGGACAAAUUGUCUCGUAUCAGAGCAGCUAUCAAAUACCGGUCGACUACUACCAUUAUCAGUAAAAGAGAUCUCUUAUCUCUACUAGGCCACCUCAAUUUCGCGAUGCGCAUAAUUCCACAUGGUCGUUCGUUCGUAUCUCGCUUAAUAGAAUUGGCUUAUUCUGUCGAGAAUCUAAAUGAUCCGGUGGUUGUAGAUGAAGGUUGUCAAUCAGAUCUGCGCUUCUGGUCCUUGUUAUGCGAAGAAUGGAAUGGUAUUUCAUUUUCUACAAUGACCAUGUGGAAUCUUCAGAUUCCAUCAAAUUCUUCACCGAUGCCGCCCCCUCUGUUGGUUUUGGGGGAUUCUAUGACAACAAAUGGUUCGCAGACGUCUGGCCAACUGAAAUCCAGCGCCUUAAUGACCAAUCCAAAUCCACAGCCCUUUAUGAGCUCUACCCCAUUGUCGUGGCGUGCAUCCUGUGGGGAAAUAGAGUUCAAAGCUAUGUGUCCCCAGGCCAAACCCUCCAGCAUUCCAUGCCCUUCAUUCAAGCAGACGAUCAUCAUUUGA